UCCCUUUGGAGAGCAGAGCAGGAUGGAGCAACAGCAGCUUCUCUGGUUGGCGUUUGCAGCUUUUCUCCUCGGGGAAGUGUCGGAGGGUCAGAGCUGGACGGCCCCAGACUUCUGUCACGGCUAUGAAUGCCCUCAGUUCACAGAGGUCUCCAGAAACCAGGACUACGAAGAGCGCAGGUACCUCGCCAGCCGGUGGAUUUCCACCAAGGUCCCGAGUACCGACAGAGCAGAUUUAACAAGUGGAUUUUACAGGCUGAAGGAUUACUGUAAUGGAAAGAAUGAAGGAGGCGCUGUGAUCUCCAUGAAGACGUGGCCGGCUCUGAUCUCCGUCACAGAAGGAGGCGACGGUUCAGAGGCGGAGGUAUCGGUCUCCUGGUUUGCUCCCGCUAACACCUCCCUACCCAAACCUACCGACUCCUCCGUCACACGGGAGACCAGACCUGCUGCCAACGUCUACAUCAGGGUCUUCGGAGGUUUGGCGAACCACGAACUCUUCCUGUCCAACCUGAAGACGCUGCGGGAGGUUCUGGUGCGGGACGGGAAGUCGUUUGAGCCUCGCAGGUACACGGCAGCCGGAUACGACAGUCUGUUUGAUAUCCUGCAUCCGCAUCACAACGAGGCCUGGAUCUCCACCGCCUGAGGAGGGAGGGCCGCUGAUCACUUCCGCAUUAAAACUGCACCCGACAACCACGUGUCAAGCAGAGUUAACGUCACUGUGACGUUGUCUGUUUUGUACCUGACUGGAAAUGCUUCAUGAAUAUCCGUCAGAUUCCAUCUCUCUCUUUCUUUUUCUUUUCUUUUUUUUUUUUGUCAGAUGAUGCUGUGUUUACUCUAGCUACAGUCCUGUUCAGAUGCACACGUGGAGGCCACUACAGUAAUAAAUAAGUAUAGCAGGAGGUUACUGCCAUUGGUUGGAAACAGCUUUCGAAAAUCUUAUACAUAAACUCCAUUUAAAGUCAUAGUUUUAAAGCCAUUCUGCUUACUGUACACCUCCAGUCUUCACGGUGUAUAUGUGUAGAAUCAGCACUGACCAUCGAAUCCGAAAUGCUUCUUUAUUAAGUGUGUAAACUUUUUCAUGUUGUGAUGAAUGUGGGUUUUUAGAUGUGAAGCACCUCAUGGACCAAUUCAGUUGCCUUCUAACUCACUCUGACAUGGUCUCAAUGUUGAGCCUUACCUUCUGUGUGGACUGGGGAGGGGGGUGCGACCUGUCCAGAAAUGUUUGUGAAUGCAUAUACUGGUACAAGACAUUAAAGA